AUGGGUGUCUCGGAUCUGGUCGCGCGUGUCUCGAAGCUCGUGGUGCUCUCUUACAUCAUUGAUUGGGUAUUCAUUAUAGCCGUUGCAUUAUUUGGAUAUGCAUUUUACAAACAAACGCCGAAUCAGCAUCCCUUCUCCUUGACCGACCCAAGCAUUUCAUAUCCGUACACAGAGCACGAGACAGUCACAGACACAACCCUUAUCCUCGUCUCAGUUCUUGCGCCUGCUGCUGUCAUCCUAAUUACCGCAUUAGCAAUUAUCCCCGGCACUGCAGCUCCAGCGGGAAUCAAGCCCUCCAAAUACCAAACCCUUCGCCGUAAACUAUGGGAGUGGAAUGCCGGAUGGAUGGGACUAGGCAUAGCUUUGGCUGGUGUGUGGAUGUCCACCCAGGGACUCAAGGUCUUGAUUGGCAAACCACGUCCGGAUCUGCUUGCACGUUGCAACCCAAACCUUGAUGAUAUUACGACCUACACCGUCGGGGGCCUUGGUGAGAAAUUGACAGGUGCCGCUACCCUUGUUUCAUACAAAAUCUGCCAAGACCAGUCGUCUCUGGUAACCGUGGAUGGAUUUUCGAGUUUUCCUAGUGGCCAUUCAUCCUUCUCUUUCUCCGGGCUGGGGUAUCUGACACUUUGGCUGUGCGCCAAAUUCUCUAUUGGUUUCCCCUAUCUUCCGUCCUACCCCGUGGAAGGGAAAACCCACACCGAUGACCAGUCCUCAGUCCGCACGCGUGGCGCAGCGCCCCCGGUUCCACUGAUGGUUGUCGCCUUCGUCCCUACCGCCACUGCAUUUUACAUUGCCUCGUCUCGGUGGUUCAACUAUCGACAUCAUGGAUUCGAUAUCAUUUUCGGAUCUAUUAUGGGAAUGGCUUUUGCCUGGAUCGGGUUCAAUAUGUACCAUCUCCCCAUCCGGCGAGGCGCAGGCUGGGCCUGGGGACCGAGAGCUCAUCGGAGAGCCUUCAUUCGUGGUGUCGGGUUCCCAAGCUCCCUUGGUAUCGAUAGUUGGGCAUAUGCAUGCAGCGAUCGCAACAUUGAAACGCCCGAGGUAGUCAUGGAAAUCGACAAUAGCAAUAACAAUGGUCAUGCCAACGAUAAUCCGACUUUACCCCUGCAGGAAUGGCCAAUGAGAUCACCCGUCUCUCCCGCAUCUGAAAGACGUGAAAUGGUGUGA